CCGCAUUUCACAUAUGAGCCUCCUGACAGAGUUGAGUUUCAACCAAUAGGAUGCGCCUCGUGUACAAAUUUAAAACAGGAUAAACGUUAGUGAAUUCCAAACGGUGCGUUACCGUUGCGCUGGGUCAUCUUCUAUAGCUAUACAGUAGUAUGUGUACACGAACAUAAUGCAAUAACGCGCGCGUAAACUUAUCUCGUGAUUGAUCCUACUCGUCGUGAAAUCUAACAGUUUUGGGCAAGCGGGGUGGGUUAAAUUAGUAAACAUACAACGUCGAAACUCGUAAACAACAAAUGUAACUUCGUCUGAUACCGAUAAAUUUUGUUUAAUGUUGUAUUGUAACUGGACUAAAGGAUUUAGAAACUGAUCACAAUGAGCUCCAUCAGAGACAAUACAAUAGAAAAAGCAAAAUCUAUAUGUGCUAAACAAAUUUCUGAAUUGUUUGACAUAUGGGAAGAAACAGGGUACAGAGAAAAAAUUCUUUCUACCUAUGCAGAUCAAGUCCUCAACCAUGUAGUGGAAUUGAUGAAGGAUAUGGUAGAAGAAUCUAAUCAAAAGAAAAAAGACCUCUUAAAAAAUGUAAAAACUUUAAUUCACACAGCGAGAAAAAUUUCCAAGGAAUUAGGUACAAAUUUCGCUACUGAAGCCUAUGAUGAUUUACCUCUUAUAGAGCUGGAGAUCCUUUUAAAAGAACAAGUUGACCAAUUGCAACAUUUAAAAGAUCAACGUCUAAAAUAUAUAGAAGAGCUUCUUGCUAAGGAAUCAGAAAUAUGUAAAAAAAUUGGUGCCAAAAUUGUUGGUUUCAAUAAUGCAUUACCUUCAGAGCAAGAAAUAAAAGAAUUUGAAAAUUAUUUGAACAUACAAGAAAUGGAAAUGACUCGGUUAUCAGAUUUAUUUAAAGAUUCUAGAAGGUCAAUUUUAAAAAUGAUGGAAGAUCUUCAAGCUACUCCUGCAUUAAAUUUUGAAAGAAUGGUUUGUCACGAUCACAACAACUUUGUUUUUUCACCAAGCAAUAUGUCUUUGUUGAGAGAUUUAAGAGAAAGAUUGAAAGAACAAGUAGAUGCAGCAAAAUCUGAAGCUCAAGAAAAAAAAGAAACUUUAAAAGCAUUGUGGGAUUACCUUGAUGAACCAGCUGAACACCGUCAACAUUUUUUGGAAACUUAUACAGGAUAUAGUCGGAUAACAUUAAAUGCUUUAAAUGUUGAAAUAAAAAGAUGUAAAGAAAAACGAAGUGAAAAUGUUGCAAACUAUGUCAAAAAAGUGAGAUGUGAAAUAGAAAACUACUGGAAGCUAUGCAAGUUUAGUGAACUUCAGAAAAAAUCUUUCACAGCAAUGAAAUGUCAAACUUAUACAGAUGAUUUACUCACACUACAUGAAAUGGAGGCAGAGAGUUUAAAAAAAUAUUACAAUAAUAAUAAAAAAAUUUUUGAACUUUUGGAUGAAUGGGAAAUUCAGUUUGAAAAAUUAAAAGAAUUGGACCAAAGAGCAAAUGAUCCUGAUCGCUAUCAUAAUAGAGGUGGACAAUUACUAAUGGAGGAAAAAGAAAGAAAAGCUGCUGAAAAGAAAUUACCUAAACUUGAAGCUCAACUUGAUUCAUUAAUUGAAGAUUAUGAAAAAUUAAAUAAAAAAGCAUUUACAGUUCAUGGUUUGUCUUUGAAAGAAUACAUGAAUGAAAAACGUGAGAAUUAUGAAGUUGAAAAAGAAAAUUUAAAACUAGCAAGAAAACAAGCAAAAGAUAAGUCUGCUAAAAAAACACCUUUAAGUACUUCAAAACGCACACCUGGGGCAAGUAUGCUCCGUGUUACUCCUGCUUCUAAUAGACUUCGAACACCUGGUCCAUCAAAUAUGUCUCGAAUGACUCCUGCUGCUAAAAGAAAACUGCCUUAUGAUGUAUCACCAAAUACAUCCAAUAAAAAACGUAUGGUUAGCACAGAAAAACAUAAACCUACCCUUGUCGUCAAUAAAGUAAGGAGAAGUGGCAGGAAGAAGACUCGAAGAUCAAAAAAUGAUACCAUGCUAUCAGUAUCAUCCUAUGGAAAUUUCCAAGAACAUUUAGAAAAUCGGGAUGAACUAAGAAGUUCAAUUUUACCAGAAGAAACUGUUUUAAGAAAGGGAUCUAAUAUGGGGACCAUAAAAACACCUAUGAAAACUCCCAUGAAAACUCCUUUGAAACCAGUUAGAAGGAAAGUUGUUGCUAGCACACCUGCUGGUUCCAGCAAUGCGCGAUCACUUCGAAGCACUCCACGGAGCCCUAAAAUAGUAGCAACGCCGCAUUAAAUCUUUCUAAUCACUUUUUCGAAAAAAAGUGUUGCAAAGUAAUAAUUGUAAGAGUUGAUAAUUGUAAAAGUUGUUAAUGUUAUAAAACAACUGCAAUCGACGUAAAGCAGUACUAUACUAUGCUUUUUUUGCUAUUACAAUGCAUUUUAGUUAUUAUUUAAGAAAAUUUAUUUUAUAUUAUAAAGUAUAACUGUAGGCAUUCGUUAUUUUUAUUAAAUAAU